AUCAUUGUCAAAAUUGUCUCCGGCAUCAGGCGAGUGAGGCUCGGCUUUUGCUUAUCACUUUGGCAAAAUUUCGCAAAUUUUACUAACAAAUCUAUAGAUAAUCCGAUUGUUUCCACCAAUUUCAAAAGGUUUACCUCACAGGUUCGCAAUGGGCGACGGCCGAAGUAGGGGCAGUAGCAGCAGUAGCCACCACGGGGGUUCGCUCGUCUACGUUGGAAACAUUCCGAAGGCGGCCUCCGAGGAUCAGCUGCGCAAAUUCUUCAACGACUGCAAGGGCAUAGUGUCGUUUAGUUUCCGGCUGGAUGAUUGCACCUACUGUCCGACGAAGAUUGCCUUCGUCAAGUUUGCCAACCGGUACGACGAGGAUCGGGCCCUCCGCAUGAACCAGACGUUCUUCCAGGGGAAGCGUAUUUUCGUGGCCAACGUCGACACGGAUCGGAACUUUACGCCGCGGUAUGCGAUAAUGGUGAAGCAAUUGAAUGAAUAUAUCACUGAGGAGGAUGUGUACGACCAUUUCAAGAACAUCGGUGCGAUCGAGUGCGUUCAGAAGCCGGCGGUGAACUAUGCGUACGUUUCGUUUGAACGCAGUGAGAGUACCCAGCGCGCACUGGCCAUCAAGAACCGCAAUCUGAAAGGGGUGGACAUAGAAGUGUUUCCGGUGAAGCGCAACAUCAGUAUGAUGUUGGAGAAGCCGAAACUUCUGACGUUCGCUGAUAUUCAGGACAAGUGUGAAGCUAUGGGAUUGAGAUAUGAACCAGAAGCGGAAACGCAAACCAAAUUGCUCGUCACCAACAUUCCGCGUCACGUGCCCGAGGAAGAGGUGAUCGAUUAUCUUGGCAAAUUCGGAAAGAUAGUGGAUUGGGAAAUGCAAAAGUCGCCCAUUUCCGUUCUGACCAACAUUGGCUACGUGACCUACUUGAACCCCAAAACGGCACGCUUUGUCUAUCUGUUUAUGCCGCACAACUUCCAAGGAGUUGCCCUGGACAUCUACAAUCCGAGGAUUACGUACGGCGAGAUCAAAUCCACCACGGCCGUGCUGCUGAAGAGGACCAAUGUUUAUCUGACAAACGACGAAAUUUUCCAAGCAAUGAACGAGUGCGGACGGGUUGCCUACAUCCAUCGGGUUGACUCAGCGCGAUACUGCACCAUCGUACGGUUCAUGUUCUCCGUGGCCGUAAUGACGGCCUUGAAAGUGAAACGCAUUGCCGACGAAAAUGUGUAUAUCACCAGAUUCUCAGAACAAAGCUACCUUUCGGAAAUGGCUCCGAUACCGGAGGUAGUGCCCAAGAGCAAUCUUCGUCUGCACAAGGAAUCAAUGCUGCGAAAAAUGAUCGAAAAAGAAGAUCAGGCUGAGUUGUCGCGUGUUCGAACGAUACCGAACGUCAACUACGUGUGCCCGAAUGCGGAAUUCUACAAAAAUGAAGUUCUCGUAAUGAACUACCCUCCCGGAACGGCACUUGUCCAAUUUAGGGACUACUUCAAAAAGUGUGGUAACGUAAUCAACUUCCGGCAAACGGACAAAGCCGUGAAUAUCAAACAAGCUUUUUUGAGUUUCGAUACUCGGCUGGAAGCAAGACGGGCUUGCACUAUGAACCAGAACUUUAUGGCCGGCAAACGGUUGCUAAUUCACAUGGCCAAUGAGAGCCUGUAUCUCGACCCGGAGCUGUGUGUUCUUGUGGCAGGAUUGAACACCUCGAUCUUGGACGAGGACAUUUACGAUCGGUUCAGCGACAUUGGAAACGUGAAAUUCGUUCUGAGACAGUCUCCGGGCGUAGCUUGUGUGUGCAUGGAGCAUAAGCGUUGGUACGAGGCGGCACUUCGGGUCAUCAUGGUCAAUACCCACAGGGUCAUCGUCAACAGAGUGAGCGCCAGUGCCAGUGUUCCAGUUGUACCUGGUCCCGGUGGAACGCAACAGUUACCUCAAAUGAUUCCGGUGGCCAACGAUCAGAGACCAAACUUGCGUGCAAUCAAUUUGAACGGACCUAGAGGUACUUUAAAGCCUGUGGGACCUACGGCAAAUAGCGGUCCUGUAAUGGGUCCAAGGGGACCACUGCAGAUGGGACCCAGAGGACCAAUGAUGGGUCCAGGAGGUCCGAUGGGAGGUCCUAUAAUGGGUCCAGGUGGUCCGAUGAUAGGACCAGGCGGUUCAAUGAUGGGCCCAGGUGGACCAAUGAUGGGCCCAGGAGGCCCAAUGAUGGGUCCAGGUGGUCCGAUGAUGGGUCCAGGUGGUCCCAUGAUGGGUCCAGGAGGUCCCAUGAUGGGUUCAGGAGGUCCCAUGAUGGGCCCGUGUGGACCUAUGAUGGGCCCAGGCGGUCCGAUUAUGGGUCCAGGUGGUCCGAUGAUGGGUCCAGGGGGUCCAAUGAUGGGUCCAGGGGGUCCAAUGAUGGGCCCAGGAGCUCCAAUGAAUCAGAGCAGCCCAAUCGUGACUCCUGCUAUGCGACGUUUGAUGCAAGUAAUCGAAUCAAAAAUGAUGAACAUUCAAGCUUUUACUUCUCUUCCGAUGAUUGAACAAUUCCGCCUGGUUCAUGGAAUAGUGAAUCAGUUUAUCAAUGUUCCACAAUUUCUGACCAUGAGACCGGAUGCUAAAAUAAAUUUCUUGAUUAGUGGCCAAAAUGGCUUUGCAUAUGCCAAUACCUUCACCUUGUUUACCUAUCCUCAACAAUUGCAACUGCUGUCAUUGAUCCAACACGACUAUUUAAACACGAUCAAUGCUCCUGCCGGCCCAUCCGUCGUACAAGUUGUACCCUCACAGGGUUCAAUGAUUCCAGACCCUACAAUGAAUCCAGAACCCCCUUUUGAAGCUUUUCCGAACAAUACUUCAGACCCCACAGCUGCAAGCGACAACUUGGCUCCAUGGCAGACCAAAGCUUCGAAACCGCCGAUCGAAACAGAAACAUCGGAUGAUUCUAUAUAUGCUACUGUGCCACUGUCUGCGCAGGAUCGCUUUGAAAAGGCCGAAAAAUUACGCCUGGAAAGUGAUUCCAAAGAAUCCAAAAACCCAGAUGUAAUGAGUGUCAGUUCGGAUUCGGAUUCCGAUUCUAUUCCUCCAGCUCCAGAACCUCCCCAGUUUAGUACAAGGCGAUCUCGCUCAGCUUCACCCGAAUUACCGUCCAGUUUACGGAGAGCGCGCAGCCGAUCACCUUACUCCUACCAGCGUCGGUCCAGAUCACGAUCUCUGUCCCGUACUCGUUUGUCUCGUUCUCCACGAGGUCGCACAAGUUUGAGUCCGUUCUCAAAGGCACUUCUUUCCAGUCCUUUGUUGCGGUACGAUCGCUCCGUUUCCAAAUCUCCGGAUCGCUACCAUCGCAGUAAAAGCCCUGUGCUACGCACCGUCUAUCGCUCGGACAGACUGCGAUCUCGAUCACGCUCACCUGUUUACCGUUCACGAUCGCGAUCGCCUAAAAGAACGAACUUAAAAAGUGUUCAACAGCGGUCAAACUUCCAAAGCCGGUCCAAGAGUGGCUCCCCGCUAUCCCUCAGUCCCGCACCGCUAACCUCAUCGACCAAGAUGUGGGACGAUCCUUCCCAGCCGAAAGAACCCGCACGAUACACAUUCCAAGUCGAUGGACACAAGGAAACGUCCAACUGCAUAUUCGUUGGAAACUUACCAUCGGAAACCACUGAGGAACAGAUGGUCGAAAUCUUCGGGAAAUUUGGACAAAUUCUGUCGGUCAAGUUCGCGAUCAACGCGGCUAAUAUUAAGCGCGCUUUCCUGACGUUCGACACGUACGAUCAGGCAGUGAAGGCACUGGACAUGCACUUGCGUCAGUACCGGGGGCACCUUCUUCGGGUUGCGUUCGCCCAUAAGAUGCUCAAGGAACGGCCUGGCUUUUCCGUGUCCAUCGUAGUGAAAGGAAACCAUUACAACGAAAUCGACGUAUUCAACACGUUCAAGCUCUGCGGGGACAUAUCCUACUUGUGGACGCGUAGCUACAAAAAGGAAGACAACAUGACCGCGUUGUACCACGUGAUUGACUUCAAGCAUCGGGAUGCCGUCCGAGUGGCCCUGGAGACGCACAAGCUGGUCAACGGAAGCAAGUGCAAGGUGGGAGCGAUCGUGCGUUAGGAUGUUUUCUGCUUAGGGCACCGGAAUGUGCCCAGGAAUAAUGAUGGCAGUGAAAGCAUGGGGUGAGUACCGUUUCGAUUUUAUUGAAUUGAUGAUGAUCAUUUUGUUCUGUGGAUAAGCAUAUUUAGAUAACGGUAGAAUUCGUUGAAUUGAGGAGAUAGGUGGUAAAGAAGUUGUGUACAACAGGAAGGACAGAGUUAAAAGAGGAUUUUUAAUACUUGCAGGUUAAUUAAUCUAAUCUAAUUGAAUCUAAUAUCUAAUGCAUUUAUUUGAGUUUGUAACACGUUUGGGUAGGCCGUAGAGCGCUUUGCGAAAAAAAAACUAAGAUUAAUCAAAGCUUUUAGAACAGACCUGAUGUCGUUUUUUCUAAGUUAUUAAGGCCCAUAGGUAUACAUAAAUAACCAUAAUUUUGAACAAAUAUCUCCGAAAGAUGUACUAAAAAUCUUAUUUUUAUAAUAAAUGUUCCAUAAAUGUAUUUCUAACUCUAUAAAUAGUUGCAGCAUAUGGGAAUUCGAUGAAUGAAGAAAUGAAUUGUUUAGGUUAGCGUUAAGACUAGUAUUAAGACAUUUAAGCUAAGUUUUGAUAAACAAUUAUUGAAAUAAAACAUCUAAUAUCUAUCUAUUCUACAUACAUAUUAAUAAUAGUAUAACUUACAAUUUAAGAUACUUACUGUAAACUAUAAUUAAAACUAUGUAAUGUAACGCAUUUCAAAAUGUAAUCCAUCAUUUUCAAUACAUGCAGUGAAACAUC